AUGAUACUGAUCAUCAUUAUAUCCAGUCUAUUCUGCUUAUUUCUACUUCAGCCCACACUCGUCACUGACCUGGGUUACUAUACUCGACCCAUAUGGGACAAACGUCCUAAUGUAUUCACAACCAUUCCUCAUUACUAUGCUGAAAAUGUGCCUAUGGAAGACUUGUGCCAACUUCAUGGCUGGAAACUCAAAGACAAAACUACUCUCAAUCAAACCAAAGUGUAUGAUGCCAUUAUAUUCAGUACAGAAAUUGAUUUGCUUCAUAUCCGUAUUCGUGAAUUAUGGAACGUUGUAGACACAUUUGUAAUCCUAGAAUCCAACGCUACAUUUACUGGCAAGCCGAAAAACUUGACAUUUGAUCAGCACAAAGACCAGUUUGAAUUUGCAGCUUCCAAAAUACAUCAUGUGAUGAUUGACCAAUACGCACUACCGCCUGGUGAAGGACCGUUCUAUAAUGAGCGAACAAUGCGGAUAGCCAUGGAUCAGGCACUUAUAGAUGCUGGAGUUAAAACAGGUGAUAUUGUAGUCAUGUCUGAUGUAGAUGAAAUCAUAAGAAACAAGUCCUUGUGGAUGCUCAAGAUGUGUGAAGGUGUGCCUAACAAACUACAUUUACAACUUCGAAACUAUCUGUAUUCGUUUGAGUUCUUUUUAGACAUGGAAUCCUGGAGAGCGCAUGUCGUUCAAUAUGUUGAAGGACAAACAUUCUAUAGUCAUGGACAAAUCACAGAAUAUUUAUUAGCUGAUGCAGGCUGGCACUGCUCCUUUUGUUUUCGUACACUUAAAGAAUUCCAGUUUAAAAUGCAAAGUUAUUCUCACUCAGACAGAGUUCGACAUGAAGGCAUAUUGAAACCUAAUCGAAUUCAAAAGACAAUCUGUGAUGGAACUGAUAUCUUUGACAUGCCACCAGAAUCAUACACUUAUAGAGACAUGAUUUCCAAGUUGGGUGCUAUGAAAUCAACCAAAUCAGGUGUUGGUCUUCCUUCUGCUAUUUUAACAGAUGCAGAGAAAUACAAGUUUCUAUUGCCUGGUGGUUGUAUUCGAGAGGACUUUGAUGAUUAG